GCGUCCCUCUCAGGCAGUUCCGAACCUUACACGUAGUCUGCAUACGUGUCACCUUAGCAGCUCAGCUCACUCCCGCCUUCACCCUGGAUGCCACCCCGUCACUCAUAGACAGCAACCUUGUGAAACAUGAAGCUUUUACCAUCGUGCCUAACGUUCCUUGUGCUAUCGCUUGUCGCUGCUGCGCAGGCACAGGCAGAGCAGCAACAUCUCGCACCCGAGCUCCAGCCGCUCAUCAACAAGGCGAACGCGUAUCUGACUUCGGGGCAGUUCAACGAUGCUGUUAAGGCUUAUUCAGAAGCUAUUGAGCAAUCACCGACGGACUACAUUCUCUAUUACAAACGUGCAACGGCGUAUUACUCGCUUAGUCGUCACCCAAAUGCUCUUGCAGAUUUUGACAAGGUCCUCGAGUUGACGGGAGGGAGUUUCGACAAGGCCCUGCUCAUGCAAGGACGUAUCCAUGCUCAAGAAGGAUCGUGGUCCGCCGCACGAGACGCGUUGAAACGGUACUCUUCACGGGUGAAGAAUGACGCAAGUGCAGGUGACCUCAUGUUCGAAGUAACAGAAGGCGAGGCAGCAGAGAAAAAGGCCACACAAAGUAAACGCUCGGGGAAUUAUCAAGAAUGUGUCGCCGCCGCAACUGAAGCUCUCCGUAUCGCUUCACAUUCAGGCGACCUCCGCGAACUACGAGCAGACUGCGCGUUAUCAUCAAGUGAUGUUCAACAGGCAGUUGGCGAUCUCGUACGGCUAACGCAUCUCCGACCUGCGUCUAGCGCACUCUUCUUACGCGUCGCGCAGCUCGCGUACUUCCUUCUUCCUCCUUCUCCACAGGCGGCCAGCGCGCUUAAGCAGUGUUUACACUUCGACCCGGAUAGUGCUAAAUGCGCAAAGAUGCAUAAGAAACUGAAAAAGUUCGAUAAGGACUUUGAGAAGUUGAACGCGUUACGGGAGGCAAAUGAUUGGCGCGGCCUCGUCACACAUUUAUUCGGAAGCAAUGCAAAGGAGACUCCGCCUGGUAGUGGGUUUGCAGCGCAGUUCGACGCUGAAGUCGCGAAGGUAGAAGUACCGUCAAAUAUUACGCCCCUCCGAACAAGUGAACGAAGAAAAGACGUGGUUCGUGCACUUUGUGUGGCAUAUGUGAGACUCGAACAGCCAAAGCGUUCGGAGUGGUGGUGUGAGGAGCUUCUCCGAUUUGAAGGGAAUGCAGAGGAUAUAGACGGGCUCGUUGGACGUGCGGAGAUGAUGAUGGUAAAUGAGAAAUGGGAGGAGGCUGUACGGACGUUUGAGAAGGCGUUUGAGCUCAGCGGAAGGUCGAACCAGGAUAUCAUGAAACGUCUACAAAAGGCCCAACGUCUUCUCAAGCAAUCGCGUCAGAAGGAUUAUUACAAGGUACUAGGAGUCCCUCGCGAUGCCGAUGAGCGAACAAUAAAGAAAGCCUACAGGAAAGCAGCAAAAACAGCCCAUCCUGACAAAGGUGGGAGCGAGGAUAAAAUGGCUGCAGUGAACGAAGCGUACGAGGUAUUAUCCAAUCCAGAGCUCCGCACACGAUUCGACAACGGCGACGACCCGAACGACACAUCCAACCAAGGUUCACCCUUCCAGCAAGGCGGGCAUCCCUUCGCACAAUUCUUCCAAGGUGGGCCAGGUGGGUUCGGUGGCGGGAAGCAUGGAGGGUUCCAGUUCCAACAGGGUGGUGGGAUGCCCUUCUCGUUCCAUUUUAGUAGUGGAGGGAGACAUUGAUAUUAGAGGCAUUAGAGGUAUAGAGUGUAGAAGGGUAGGG